ACGUUAACUGCCAUUUCUGGUCGGCCGGGAAAACGAAACGCGCCGGCAUUGGUAUUGUUUAACGUCCGCCGAACUAUACAUUAAGAUAAAUAUUUCCAGCAAAUGAAAACAAAAUGAGUUUUCGUGAUUUGUGAAGUUUAGGCGUAUUCAUGAGAAUAACGAUUUUAUUCGCGAAGAUUUUGCUUAUUGCAUGCAGUGUCACAAAUCUGAAGCUAUUUAUAAAGGAUAACUGUAAACUAAUUCUUAAAAGUUUUGAUAAUAGCUGUAACUUUUAAGAUGGAAUCACGUCUUCCAAAAUUGAAUUUUCAAUUUAAAGUACCUGCUAAAACAAUAACCGGUGGUACAAUUAAUAAUUCAUUAAAAUCGAAUGUGGCAUCAAAUAGUAAUAAUGCAUCAAAUAUAAUAAAGAAUUCAGAAACAAAACUUGCAACAAAAACUUUGAGCACAUUAAACGUUGCUGCAAACGCAGCGGAUGAAAAUAAAGCGCCUUUAACACGAUCAAAAACUAUGGCUUCGAUAACAAGAACAAAUUUAACAAAAGCACCUUUGAAAAGACCAGGUAUCGCUAAUAAUGUUGAGCCGAAAAGAGCAAAUUUAAAAACAACAAUGAAGUCAGUUAUCAGGCCAGUAAGACCUGCAACUAUAGUCGGUACUGUUGCAAAAGCUAGAGCAAUAACUUCAACAACUACCAAACCAGCGGGGCCCAAGCCAUGCAAGUGGGAUCUUAAAGGUCGUUUAGAAUAUACUAACAAUGAAUUAACUACAUUAAAGCAGAAACAUAGGGAAGUAUCAACAGAAUACAAUAACAUACAAAGUGAAAUUAUUAAUCUUAGAGAAAGUGAGAGUACUAAUAGAUUAAAAGCUGAGAAUUUAGAAGCAGAGUCCAAUAAAUUAAUUAAAGAAGUGGAAACGUUGAAGAUAGAAAUUGAUAAGCUACAAACAGAAAAGAACAGUUUAGUGAAAGAGUUAAAGGAAUCAAAAGACUUGUAUAAUAAAGUAUCAGUUUCAUUGGAGCAAUAUAAAGAUGAUCUGUGCGUUAAAGCAGUUUUAAUAACAGAUCAGGAGAAUGAAAUAAUGCAAUUGAAAAACAAAUUGGAAAUUCAAGAAAAAAGUAGUACCAACAGAAUAAGCGAGCUCGAAACACUUAAUGAAGAUUUAGGAGCAUUAGUUCAAAAUAUGGAUAAAGAGAGAAGAGUUUUGCAUAAUGCUAUUCAAGAAUUAAAAGGGAAUAUUAGAGUUUUUUGUAGAGUUAGGCCUAAACUCUCUAAAGAAGCAAUAAAAAACACAUGCGCUAUUAAUUAUCUUGAUGAAUGCACUCUCGAAGUUGGAAAAGCGGAUGGGGACGUUGCUAAUAUCAACAAUAUAAAAUUGAAAGGGCAACGUCAAGAAUUUACCUUCGACAAGGUGUUCCCACCAAAUACCUCUCAAGCUGAUGUUUUUGCAGAAUUGUCGAUGCUUGUGCAGUCUGCGCUCGAGGGCUACAAUGUAUGUGUAUUCGCAUACGGCCAAACAGGUUCGGGUAAAACCUACACAAUGGAAGGUUUUCCUGGUACAGACGACGAAGGCAUGAUCCCAAGAACGGUAAAGCAUAUUUUUAAAGAAAUGAAACAAUUUGAAUUACUCGGCUGGGAAUAUAAAAUUGAAGCAAGUUUUUUAGAAAUUUAUAACGAGCAAAUAGUGGAUCUUCUUGAUUACACGCGAAAAACGCACGAAAUAAGAAUGACGGACAGCAAAGGAAGUGAUUUAUAUGUUAGUAAUCUAUUGGUUCAAGAAAUUAACAGCCCCGAAGAAUUACAGCAAUGCCUUUUAAUUGCUCAGCAAAAUCGCGCCAUGGCAGCAACGCAGUCAAACGAGAGAUCUUCUCGGUCACAUUCUGUUGCAAGAAUACGAUUGAUAGGUACACAUAAGAAUAAACAAGAAAUUUCUAUUGGGAAUUUAAAUUUAGUAGACUUAGCUGGAAGUGAGCGAUUAAAGAAUGAAGAAGCUGCAAGAGUCGCAGAAACAAAAAAUAUUAAUAAGUCUUUGGCUAAUUUGGGACACGUUAUUUUAGCAUUACUUCAAAAACAAGACCACAUACCUUACCGAAAUUCUAAGCUCACCCACUUGCUCAUGCUUUCGUUGGGAGGAAAUUCUAAGACUCUUAUGCUUUUAAAUAUUUCACCCCUUGAGGAAUCCUACAAUGAAACACUAAAUUCAUUAAGGUUUGGCAGCAACGUUAAUAGUUGUAAAACAGGUACUAUUAAAAAGAUAAGGACUGUUUUAUAAAUUUGUUUAAAAUUUGUAUUCGAUGAUAUUCGAUGCUGAAAAUGUACAAAUUUUAUUGUCAAAUUGGACAAGAAUGAAGUCUUAUUAGAGACUGUUUUUUACAGUCUUACUUUAAGCAAAAAUACAAUAAGAAUAAUUUUAUAGAAAAAAGUAUAUUAGGACACGUUUUACUAUCAAGUUAUUGAAUUAUAAACAUUAUUUUUA